GGUAAGUUAUGAUUGGAUUGGAAAUCAUGGAUUUGAGAUAGAGACUCAAUAGCCCUUUCCCAUUUAUAUAAAUUCAAUCUUUCUCUUUUCUAUCUCUCUCAAUUCUCUCCCUUCAAAAUUUUCCACCCAAAUUCCCUCUCUCUCUUUUUCUCUCCCCCCAAUGUGGACACCUUGGUUAAAUUCACCGCGUCGCCACCGCAAUUCACUACCGUCGUCACCAUCAUCACCGUCACAUUCCCGAACUCUCCCCGUUAACUUCUCAUGCUCUUCCUUCAAAGACAUUCAAUCUCUCAUCCAAGAAAAACCUGAACCAACUUUACCAAAAUCUCCUUCACUUUUCCGUCGAGUCCUCAUCUCCACCACUUUCCUCCGCGCUUUAGGCGCCGCCUCCCGCACCACCAUCACUCCCUCGUCAAAAGUCACACUCCCUCCCGGCCUCGAAAAUCGCGUCGUCAUCUACUACACAAGCCUCCGUGUCGUCCGUCGUACCUUCGACGACUGCCGUGCCGUCCGCGCAAUUCUCCGAUGUUUCCACGUCGCAGUCGACGAACGCGACGUUUCAAUCGACGAUAACUUCCGUGAAGAACUCAACGGGAUCUUAAACCGGAAAAGCGUAACACUCCCUAGGGUUUUCAUCGGCGGCGUUUACAUCGGUGGAGUUGACGAUGUGAAACAGUUACAUGAAAACGGUGAACUGAAUAGUUUAAUCGAACGGUUACCAAAGUCGAAUCAGAACGGUUGUUGUGAUUUCUGUGGAGGGUUCAGAUUUGUUGUGUGUGAUGAGUGUAACGGAAGUCACAAAGUGUUUACGGAGAAGAAUGGGUUUAAAAGUUGUUUAUCAUGUAAUGCUAACGGUUUGAUUAGGUGUCCUGCAUGUUUCUUCAUACUGCCGCGAAACACCAGAUAGUAGAUUGAUUGUUGCUUAGUUUCUCAGUUAGUUACAGCUCAUAAACAACUCAGAAAGAAACAAUAAUUAUUGUUUAUUUAUUUGAUAAUUUAACUUAGAGUUGAAUAAUAUUAGUAUGUAACUGAUGAAUUUGACUGUAUGAUAUAAUUAAAUUAUGAUAUGGUAUUAGAAUAUUUUGAGCCA